GGGUGGCAGGUGUUUCUAAAAGGAACAUGAACAUAGGAUGAACGGCCUCACAUACAGCCCCCGCAUCUCCCACCCGCCACUGCCCCACUGAUCUGGCAGGCAGGGACCGCUGAAUUUUGUGCCAGGGGGCUCACAUCCAACGAGUGAGCUUGUAGGUAGCUGUAGAAUGAUGGCCAGGAGAGGAACCUUAGUAUUGACUUGGUCCAACCUCUUCAUUACAAACCGGGGACUCUGAAGCCCCAAGAAGGGAGGGGACUUGCCCAAGGUCACACAACAAAUUUGUGAGUUCCUAGGCUAAUCUUAGACGAGGAACUUUGCAAUCCUCCAUGUUGCCUUCUAUUCCUGAACUCUCCCCACCCCCAUCAGAGCUGAGUACAGGGGAUUUUUGGAAAAGAAAUGAAGACUCAAAAAGCCUAAGGCUGUACAUCUUUCAACUUGGGACUCCUUGCCAAAGAGAGGGCGCUACAGAUGUCGCUGGGGGUAGGGAUUCCUAGCCACACCCACCACCGAGGUAGGCCAUGGGCUUGUCUUGUCUUGAUUCCUGCUGGUGAGGGGCUGGAGCUGCUACAGGCCAGACUCCCAGACUUUCUCAUGUUAGUACCUGCUUUCAGCGGCUGCCUGACACCUAACAUCAUCUCUUCCAGCUGAUGUUGGGGCUCGAGCUGGCUAAGCUUGUUUUCCUUCAUCCUCCCCAGUUUCCAGUGCAUUUUGCCUCUAGCUGGAUGGACCAUUCCUUACCUUAUUGGGUUCCUAAUGAAUAGAGAAACUUCUGGGGCUUGUCUGAUUUAGGAAGGGUCUGUAGUUACCCCCAAACCCUUUCUAAUGAAAUCUUCCAGGAGUCUAGGACAAAUGAUAAAGGGAUUACCCCCAUUUUACAGGUGGGGAGACUGAAAUUCAGCAAGGGGCCCCGUAUUUGGUUGUUUUUUAGUUUUUUGGGGGUGAGGUGAUGAAGGGAGCAAAUGAUGAUAAAAACUUUUGCCUAGAGGAGCUUCCAAAGACCCCUUCUGGUCUUACCAUCCCCACGGUCAGGAAACCUUCCCAGAUUCUGAUUUCAUUCCCACUUGGUAGAGUCAAAGCUUUGUCACUCAGUGGGGGUUGGAAGAACAGCUGCGUACCCUCCACUAUGCAAGCAUUAUGUCUUGAUUUCCUCUUUAUCCACCCUGCCCCUCCCCAGUCUGAAGGCUGCUGGCUCAGCGGGCCUCCUGCCGUCUGGGGAGUCUGGGUUUGAGCUGGGGUGAGGCGGUGGCACCAUCGUUAUGGUAACGAGGUGCCAGCUCAUCAUUGCUAAUAACUUGUCAGGCCCCUGGGCUCCAUGCAGCGUCUCUUCCUACCAGCCCUUCUUCCCAUGUCACAGACAGAAAAAGUAAGGCUUUGAUGGAGGGGUCUGGGAAUAAGGGAGUCUGGAGAAGUGGGUGGCCUUGUCCCUGGGGCUGUAGCUGGAGAGCUGCGGGGAGGCUGCUUGGAAGCUGGUUUACACACAUGGUUACAUAGGCUUGCAUAUGAUUGCGUGGGCUGUUAACAUGUGAAAACACUCAGAACAUGCUUAUAUAAACUUAUACAGGCUAGCUGACAUGUUCAUGUGUUUUUACACAGCAGCCCACAGGCAAACAUGCUUCCAAGCAUCAGAACAUGCUUGUGCCUGAAUACUGUCUCUACCAUCUGCACAUAAGGCACCCAAGAAAUCUGGGUUUGUGGGGGUGUCCAGGUAUGUGGGUGGGGAUCUGAUCUUUUUCUGAUGCAGCUUCAAAGUGUCUUGUUAACAAAGGGACAGAAUGGUCCCAGGGUUCCUUCUUCUUCCUUCCAGUUAAGAGCUCAGAGUGGAAGUGGGCUGGGGAUGGUGUCGGGGGCCCAAGCUCCCAGCUCCCAAAGGCCCCUGCUUCUAUGCCCUUUGAGCUCAGUCCAGAUGGGAGCUGGCUCCUUCAGAAAGGGGGCUCAGAACAGGGUGUGGGGAGCUACCUCUCUCUGCCUCCCCCCACCACAUCUGUCUGCAGGGCUGGGAGCCCCCACGAUUCAGUGGUCCUGAGCCUUCUGAAGUUAGGCUUCUGCCUGGUGGUGGGGAUCCUGACAUCAAGGAUGGGACACCCUGGAUGGAGGUUCCUGGGGCCUGGCCCCCAAGACUAUGAAGAGCCUUUGCUGAGGCCAUGAGGGGUUACCAUGGCGACCGAGGCAGCCAUCCCCGCCCAGCCCGCUUUGCUGACCAACAGCAUAUGGACGUGGGCCCUGCUGCCAGGGCCCCAUACCUGCUGGGCUCCAGGGAGGCCUUCUCCACCGAGCCCCGCUUCUGUGCCCCGAGAGCUGGCCUGGGACACAUUUCUCCUGAAGGGCCCCUGAGCCUGAGUGAGGGGCCGUCGGUAGGCCCUGAGGGAGGGCCAGCGGGGGCCGGGGUUGGGGGGGGUAGCAGCACCUUCCCCAGGAUGUACCCUGGCCAGGGCCCCUUCGACACCUGUGAAGACUGUGUGGGCCACCCACAGGGCAAGGGUGCCCCCCGCCUGCCUCCUACACUCCUGGAUCAGUUUGAAAAGCAGUUGCCAGUUCAACAAGAUGGCUUCCACACACUACCAUACCAGCGAGGGCCAGCAGGGGCAGGGCCCGGGCCAGCGCCAGGGACUGGCACUGCCCCAGAGCCCCGCAGUGAGAGCCCUAGCCGCAUCCGGCACCUGGUUCAUUCUGUGCAGAAGCUCUUUGCCAAGUCCCACUCUCUGGAGGCGCCGGGGAAGCGGGACUAUAAUGGGCCCAAGGCUGAGGGAAGAGGUGGCUCUGGAGGAGACAGCUACCCCGGCCCGGGCUCCGGAGGCCCCCACACCUCCCAUCACCACCAUCACCACCACCAUCACCACCACCACCAGUCCCGGCACGGCAAGAGGAGCAAGAGCAAGGACCGCAAGGGGGAUGGGCGGCACCAGUCCAAGUCCACAGGCUGGUGGAGUUCCGAUGACAACUUGGACAGUGAUAGCGGCUUCCUGGCGGGUGGGAGGCCCCCUGGGGAGCCUGGUGGUCCCUUCUGCCUGGAGGGUCCAGAUGGGUCCUACCGGGACUUGAGCUUCAAGGGGCGCUCGGGCGGGUCGGAAGGCCGCUGCCUUGCCUGCACUGGCAUGUCCAUGUCACUGGAUGGACAGUCGGUCAAGCGAAGUGCCUGGCAUACCAUGAUGGUCAGCCAGGGCCGGGAUGGAUACCCAGGGGCCGGGCCUGGCAAGGGACUCCUGGGUCCGGAGACCAAGGCCAAAGCCAGGACUUAUCACUAUCUGCAGGUGCCGCAAGAUGACUGGGGGGGUUACCCCACCGGUGGCAAGGAUGGGGAGAUCCCCUGCCGCAGGAUGCGGAGCGGCAGCUACAUCAAAGCCAUGGGGGAUGAGGAGAGCGGAGACUCAGACGGCAGCCCCAAGACAUCUCCCAAAGCAGUUGCCCGACGCUUCACCACCCGUCGCUCCUCCAGCGUGGACCAGGCCAGGAUCAACUGCUGUGUCCCACCCCGGAUCCACCCCCGGAGCUCCAUCCCUGGCUACAGCCGUUCCCUCACCACUGGACAGCUCAGCGAUGAGUUGAACCAGCAGCUGGAGGCCGUGUGCGGGUCGGUGUUUGGGGAGCUGGAGUCCCAGGCCGUGGACGCCCUGGACCUGCCCGGCUGUUUCCGCAUGCGGAGCCACAGCUACCUCCGGGCCAUCCAGGCCGGCUGCUCUCAAGACGACGACUGCCUGCCCCUCCUCGCUACCCCUGCCGCUGUCUCAGGGAGGCCCGGCUCCUCCUUCAACUUCAGAAAGGCCCCGCCCCCCAUCCCGCCGGGAAGCCAGGCCCCGCCCCGCAUCUCCAUCACCGCCCAGAGCAGCACCGACUCCGCGCACGAGAGCUUCACGGCGGCCGAGGGCCCCGCCCGGCGCUGCAGCUCCGCCGACGGGCUGGACGGCCCCGCCAUGGGUGCGCGCACACUGGAGUUGGCGCCGGUGCCGCCCCGGGCCAGCCCCAAGCCCCCCACACUCAUCAUCAAGACCAUCCCUGGCAGGGAGGAGCUGCGGAGCCUGGCGCGGCAGCGGAAGUGGCGGCCGUCCAUUGGGGUGCAGGUGGAGACGAUCUCAGAUUCGGACACCGAGAACAGGAGCCGGAGGGAGUUCCACUCCAUUGGAGUGCAGGUGGAAGAGGACAAGAGGCGAGCAAGGUUCAAGCGCUCCAAUAGUGUGACGGCUGGCGUGCAGGCAGACCUGGAGCUGGAGGGCCUGGCAGGCCUGGCCACGGUGGCCACAGAAGACAAGGCCCUGCAGUUUGGACGCUCCUUCCAGAGGCACGCCUCUGAGCCCCAGCCUGGGCCCCGGGCCCCCACCUACUCAGUCUUCCGCACGGUCCACACGCAGGGCCAGUGGGCCUACCGCGAGGGCUACCCACUGCCGUACGAGCCGCCGGCCACCGAUGGGUCGCCCGGCCCUGCCCCCGCCCCCACCCCCGGCCCUGGGGCCGGCCGCCGUGACUCCUGGAUAGAGCGCGGUUCACGUAGCCUCCCCGACUCAGGCCGCGCAUCCCCCUGCCCACGCGACGGCGAGUGGUUCAUCAAGAUGCUGCGGGCAGAGGUGGAGAAGCUGGAGCACUGGUGCCAGCAGAUGGAGCGUGAGGCGGAGGACUAUGAGCUACCCGAGGAGAUCCUGGAGAAGAUCCGCAGUGCUGUGGGCAGCACACAACUUCUCCUGUCCCAGAAGGUUCAGCAGUUCUUCCGGCUGUGUCAGCAAAGCAUGGAUCCCACUGCGUUCCCUGUGCCCACCUUCCAGGACCUGGCGGGUUUCUGGGACCUCCUACAGCUCUCCAUCGAGGAUGUGACCCUCAAGUUCCUGGAGCUACAGCAACUCAAGGCCAACAGCUGGAAACUCCUGGAGCCUAAGGAGGAGAAGAAGGUCCCUCCGCCGAUACCAAAGAAGCCCCUGCGGGGCCGGGGCGUGCCGGUGAAGGAGCGCUCCCUGGACUCCGUGGACCGGCAGCGGCAGGAAGCGCGCAAGAGGCUCCUGGCGGCCAAGCGCGCCGCUUCCUUCCGCCACAGCUCGGCCACCGAGAGCGCCGACAGCAUCGAGAUCUACAUCCCCGAGGCCCAGACCAGGCUGUGACCGGUCCGGCCCGCCCAGCCCGGCCCGGGCCCGCGGUUCUCCACCCGUACUGUACACCCAGCGUCGAGGUCACUGUGAACGCGGGCCGCCCCGUGCGCCCGCCCCACCGGCACCGGACGCCCCGGCCCCCGGGCCCGUCACACUCUCGUGGGUUUUUUACCUUCCUGAUCCCACGCGAAGGCGCCCGGGCUGGGCAGGGGGCCGUGCCUCUCCGCCCUGCGCCCCUCACCUGGAUCCCCUGCCCACCUGGUCCGACGCUUUGUCCCCACCUCCUCCCCAUGGGCACCAUCUCUGCCAUUCUUUCCCCCACGGGCCAGGCCGGGCCAGGUCCCUCAUCUGGGCUCUGCGUCCCCCCCCCCCCCACCCCGCGGGGCUGGGCUUCGUGGGGAUCAAGCUUCGUGGCUUUUUAUGAAGAAUCCCGAACCCUGCCUAGGAGCCCGCCCCACCCUCCCAGGGGCUCCAUCCUCAGCCCUCUGCCCACUGGGCCCAGGGACCACAGUGGCUGGACCAACCCAGGACCAGGGCGCCUGGGCCUCUCCCCUUUCCCAGCGGCUGGGGAGGGGAGAUGGGGGCUUCCCCUCACCACACCUGUGGCUGUUCCCACAUCCCCUUGAAUAUCCCAGGAAAAAUAAAACGGCAGAACUGCA